UUUGUGCUUUCCACUCUUCCAAGACUUUUCACAGACUCUCUCUCUCUCUCUCUUCCCAUCUCUCUCUCGUUGCAUUCCAUUAACUCAAUCGACCUUCCUCCUUAAUCUCUCUUCAAUCCCUUAAACUGAACACCAAUACUUGAUCUCUGAAAAUGGGAAGGCAGCCUUGCUGUGACAAAGUUGGAUUGAAGAAGGGCCCUUGGACUGCUGAUGAAGACAAGAAACUCAUCAACUUCAUCCUCACUAACGGCCAAUGUUGCUGGAGGACUGUCCCCAAGCUUGCAGGGCUAUUGAGAUGUGGGAAAAGUUGCAGGCUGAGAUGGACCAACUAUCUGAGACCAGACCUGAAGAGAGGUCUUCUUUCUGAAUAUGAAGAGAAAAUGGUGAUUGAUCUCCACGCCCAGCUUGGCAACAGAUGGUCUAAGAUUGCGUCUCAUCUUCCCGGAAGAACUGAUAAUGAGAUCAAGAACCAUUGGAACACACACAUCAAGAAGAAGCUCAAGAAAAUGGGGAUUGAUCCUGUCACUCACAAGCCUCUCUCUGAACAAACCCAGAAUCCCGCAUCACAGAUUAAUCAAGUACAGAUAAUACAACAACAACCUGUGACGACUAGCCUCAAGAUUGGUCAUCAAAAUGGAGAGCAAGAAAAGACAGACACAUCGCAUGAGUCAUCAUCAACCUUAACUGAAUCGAAAGAGGAGGACAAGGUUGAAACUCCCACACUUGACGACAUCAUGAACAGUUUCUGUACUGAUGAGGUUCCAUUAAUUGAACCUGAUGAGAUUCUAUUGCCCUCUGGUCCCACACCUUCAUCUUCAUCGUCCUCUUCUUCAUCUUCUUCUUCAAAUUCCUCCAACUUCCUCGGAGACUUGGAGCUCCCAGAAUUCGAGUGGGCUUGUAAUUACAGUGACGAUAACAAAAGCAGCAGCAACAGUAUGGGAUUGUGGGACGAUGAUUUUAUGAGCGUUUGGGAUUUGCUUUUGAAUGAUAAUGACGAGGUUGACAGGAAGAUCGCAGAUUCUGGUUCUGCUCUCAAACAAUGCCCAAAAAUGGCCAUGGAUCAAGAACCUUGGGCAUAUGGCUUCUUUUGAUUGGAUUUUUCUUUUACUCAUAAUAUAGGCUUACUUGUAUUGUUUUGUUUGCAAGUUCUUACAAAGAAUAAAACGUUGUUACCAGAAAUGAUUUAAAAAAAAUAAAAAAACGAGUAAAUUAUCAAUUAUCAAUCAGUGAGACAGAGAGAGGAACUCUGGUUUGGGAUUAUCCAUUUUAUUUUUCCCAUUUUAUAUGAAACAAAAAUUUUAUUUGUAAAUGAUUAUGAAAGGACGUUGAACUA